AAAAUUAUGAGGUGUAAAUUUGGGGUCAACUUUGUUCUAAAAUAAACUAAAUAUUAAUUUUUCCAGGGUAAAAUAUACGCUCAAAAAGAGCUUUACUUUCAGAUUUACAGGAAGCAAAAUAAGCAAUUGAAGAUGGAGUUUGUGAAUUUUCAGCUCCCCAGUUGUUGCACAGUCUCACUGUUUGGGGGAAGUUUAUGCUAGAAAACUGAAGGCAAUUAAUGGAUGAAUAUGAUCAGAUUUCUCCACCAAGUUCUCAGCCUGAUAAGGAAAAUCCCUUGUUGUCAACCUAAUGAAGCAUUCAAAGAAGACAUAUGACUCUUUUCAAGAUGAACUUGAAGAUUAUAUCCAAGGGCAGAGAGCCAGAGGCUUAGAACCAAAGACUUGUUUCAGACAGAUGAGAGAGGACUAUUUGGAAACCUGUAGGGACAAAGAAGAGGUUGAUUUCAGACCCAGGUACAGAAGGUUUGAUCAAAGACUCCCCACUGAAACCAUCCAGACCCACCCAAGGUCAUGCAGUGUUUCACAAACAGUGGAAAACCAGUUACCUCAGUGGCUACCAGCUCAUGACAGCAUGAGAUACUGUCAAUUCACCAGAGACUGUUUCUCAGAAAAACCAGCACCCCUGAACCUUAGUCAUCAAGAGUAUAAUUAUAGCUCAUACAGUGUCGAAUCUAGAGUUUACAGGCACCUCUCAGAAACCAGUACCAGUGCCCAUACAGCCGGCCAUGAACAGACACACCCGAAGAGAAAACGGCACCCAGAGGGAGGCAGAGAAAAAUCGGAGGAGCAGCAGCCCGAGCAUAAGAGGAAAAAAGGUUGUGAGGAAACAGAUUUAGACAAACACAAGAGCAUCCAGAAACGCAACACAGAGGUAGAAACAGUCAGGAUCAGUACAGAAAAGCUUAAUCAAAAGGAGAGAAAAAGACGAGAUGUAGCCUCUAAGAAAGAGGAUCGUAAGCGUAGAAAAGAGAAAAAGGAACAAGGCACAGAAAGGACGGAGGAGGAAAUGCUUUGGGACCAAUCUAUCCUUGGAUUUUGAAGCUCUUGAGUUUUUCUCCUGCAGUUAAACUGAAAAAUCAUUGAGGAGCUUGGUUUUAUGAUGUUCAUGUUCAUAGCACUUUUCUCAUGGAAACAGGUACUUUGACUUCUAACAAAGGCCAAGUGAACAGAAAGUAUUUAGGCCUUGCCGGGUAGCUCAGUUGGUUGGAGUGUGGUCCCCAUAAGCCAAGCUUUCAGCUUCAAUCCCUGGUCAGGGCACAUACAAGAAGCAACCAAUGAAUGCACAAAUAGGUGAAACAACAAAUUGAUGUUUCUCUCAUUCUCUCUCUCUCUCAAAUAAAUAAAUCUUUAAAGUAUUUAGUAUGCCUGAUAACUCCAACAUGGAAAUUACUUUUCAUUUUCUAGAAACUUCAUUACAUUUUUCUUACAUAUAAUGUAAUUUCCCUUAAUGAGAGCAGCUUUGCUUUUAUUCAUCAAACUGCUAUGAUGAUGGAAAUAUUUUUCUCUUGGGAAAUUAUUUAUUUUAAAUUGGAGGAUUAAUAGGCUUUGUAGAAUCUAUUUCUUAAUUGGGUCUGUUUUAGUUUGGGGUGUGGUAUUUUUAUAUUCAUUAGUUUUCUCAAAUCAAUUUACAUUUUUUUCCUCUGCUAGAUAUAUAUUUUGUUUGGUUUUUUGAAGCUCUUUGUAUUUUAUAGAUUUAAUAAUGAAAUACAUUAAAAUAAUCUUAGGUUACAUAUAGUUUUAAAAGUUUCAAAGAGUAUACAAAGUCCAUUUAUAAUAAGUGUUUAUAAUAAAGUUCUAAUUUCUACA